AUAUUCAGAACUGAGCAUGCGUAAAGCGGUAAAAAUCAAACUUAACGACCAUCACAAAAAAGACAACAAUGGCAGAUGUGGUAACUGGUUUCGUUUCUGAUGAGAAACUUACUAUAUUUCGAAGGUCAUGUCAAGAAGGAUGCCAACAGCUGAAGGUUCUUUCAAAAUUUAGUGGAGACGACAGUGAAAAGAAUGAUUGUAGUACAAGGAAAGCUAAAUUAGCACUCUCUAAACAAGAAUAUAGCAAGUUGAAACCAGACUCUCAAACAUUGCAAACUAAACUACAGAUUCUUGACUUUCUCUUGAAUGUCAAUGAAGAAAACUGGCCAACACUCUCAGCCAAAGAUGAAGAAUACAGUAAGGUGCAUGAAGAGAAGAAGAAAGUAAAUAUGGAUUUAGUUGAUAUGGAAGAUGAGAUCCUAGAACUUGUGGAGAGAGCUCAAGAAGAGAGUACUGUAUUACAAGAUAAGAUAUCAACCAUGGAGCAAAAAUUAACAUCAGUUGAAUCAAAGAAGGAAAAGUAUGAAGAAAUAUACAAAUAUCAUACUGAAUGUCUUGCCAAAUGCAAGCUGAAUUCUUUCAACAAGUCUGAGAAGAUCUCUGAUGUGUUGAAACGACAGGAAGAAACAUUAACAUGUGUCGAGGCAUCGCUGAAGAAGUGCACUUCAUCAGUGAUAACAUUGCGGAGGACCAUCUCUCACUGCCAAGCCAAUUUAGAUCAAAUGAAAAGUACUGUUACAACAGGACGAAAAAUUCUACAGGCUAUUUCAGAUGAAAAUGAAGAAAAAAGGAUGAAAAUGGUUGAGAAUACAAAAUGGUGUGAGGGCUAUACAUCACUCAGCAACAAGUUGUUUCAAGUCAAGGAGAACUCAUUCUCUGGGAACUCAUGGUCUGUUGAUGUGAAGCCCUACAGUAAUCUUGAGAAUGACAAAGUCACUUUAAUUUUCAACAGAAACCAUAAUGACCCUCAUCAGUAUUCUGAUGUAAAGAUUGUGAGUGACACAUUAGACAUCAGAACAACAGCAGAAGAAGCCAUGAAAUCGAAUGAUAUAUCUUACCUGAUUCAAGAGAUCCAUAAGAAAUUCACUUCACAUAUGCCACUGGCUAAAGAGAUAAACAGUCUCAGGCAAAAGUUUGCCAUUGAUUUCUUGCAAGAUGAGAAUGUUCUAGUAUGUAUGCUUGGCAGUUGCGGUAACAUUGUAUGUAGGCUGAAAAUUGAACAAGGUUAUCCAUCCAAUGGUCGAAUUAGCCUGCAGAAGAUCACCGGUCAGCCUGAGGGGACACAGCCCAACUGUCAUCCUGCCAUGUCAAACCCCACAUUGACAGACUGGCUAGAUCAUCUACAACAAGUGCUUGCCUGAAACGUACAAGAGCCUGUUUGCCGUUACCAUUCAAGAAGAUAUGCUAACACAUGAGUCAAGAUGAAUGGGAACAGAAUAGAUCGGUUUGCAUGCAGGCAUACUGUACAUGUACUGUAGGAUAAGAAUCAAUGAAACAUUCAACUUCAUACAUAAACUAUGCAGAAAGCAGUGGAUUGAGGAUGCGUUCAGUAAUCUGCAUGUAUAGGUCGAGGCAUUCAAUAGCUCACUUGCAUAUAACAUUAUAUGAAUAAGGAUUCAUCCAUAACAUAUAGCAAGGCACUCACUGCAUCGUACGACCGUCGUCAGUGUUCUCCUGAAGCCGUUUUAACCGUCAAUUUUACCAGUAAAAAUACCUGACCAACUAGUAAAACCCUCCUCUGACAAUCUAUAAAAAAAAUCAGUUCGCGAAAUAAGGUAUAAAAAAUGUCUCGCCUAACUAAAGUAGUAAAAACAUGCAAAUAUUAUGAAUUUGCAGAAAAUGGUUCAUUUUCAGGGAGGUUAUUGCUUGCCUGCGGGAGUGCAGAAUGCCAUCAUAAUAGGAAGCUUUCAAUUGCACGACGACGGCAGAACGUAGAACAUAAUGACGUCACUAAAAGUCAUCUGCGCAUGCGAGAACAUUAAGGUCACCUCGUCGAGUAGAUUCUGGAACGCAAUUUGGCCAAAUCUACGUAUGCAGAGAACGUAGGAUCAUGCAUGAGUGAUUCCAUUCUAGCGUUGCGUCGUCGCACAAAUCGAAAGCUCACUAAUAUCCCGCAGCUUGUAGGAGAUUUGGGACCAGUACGUGUUGUAUUAAGGAUAGAUCCAUUCAAAACAUCCAACAUUGUGAAUUGUCUAAAGAUUUAUCUACACUAUCAAAUUUCAUCAAAAAAACCAUAUAUGGGCACAUCACAUUUUUUUGUCACAUAAAAUUUGAUAAUAGUGUACACAAAGCUUAGGGAUGUGUUCAAAAGCAUUUUCAUUAUAUAAUGUUGUGAGUGAAUUGUAUUAAAGUGUACAUAGCAACUUUUA